AUGCGUUUCUCAACCGCCUUCGCUAUUGCCCUCUCCGCAGUUGCCGUUUCUGCAAAUGUCACCAACGGUACUACCACUGCCGAGCAGACCGUCACUCAGGUUGUAACUCAGUACACCACUUACUGCCCUCUCCCUACCGAGGUUGUCGAGGGAAACAAGACAUACACCGUCACUGAGCCCACAACUUUGACCAUCAGUAACUGCCCUUGCACCCGUACUAUGACCUACACCACCGUCACUUCAUCAGUCUGCCCCGGUGGAUGCUCUCCCUCUGGUACCGGCGCUCUCCCAACCGUUUCCGCCCCCGUCUACACCAACGGAACCGUUAAGGCCACCUCCAAGCCUACCACCUCUGCCCACAGCAACGUUACCACCCCCGUCCCUGUCGCCACUGCCAGUGCUACCCCCAGCAGCCCUGUAUUCGAGGGAUCUGCCAACAGGGCCACCGUUGCUGCCGGUGCUCUUGCCGGUUUGAUCGGUGUUGCCGCCUACCUCUUGUAA